UCCAGAUCCCAGGCUCCACACCUUUCCUAUUUUUGAUCCAUGGAGCAUAUAUUCGGGCGCAGCUCAGCUUCUGAAUAAGCCUCUGGUAUACCGGCAUCAGGCAUAUCUGUGUGAGCUCAUCGCAUCACCAAUGGCUGUUAAGUGCCCACCGCGAAUCAACAAGCCCUCACAGUCAUGUUGUUAGGCCCCUUUUUAUUACUCAGUCUGAACAAACCGAGGUGCAAACAGGUAGAAUAAUGUACCCAAAGUCACACAGCUGGGAAAGCAACAAAGCUGAGAUUCUAGACCAGGUGGGCCUGACUGCAAGGCAACUUCUAGCUCUCAAAAAUAGUCAUUGCUGCGGUAGUGUCCUGCCCAGGACUGACCAUUUGGGGACUAUUUUCUAAAUGUAUCUAGCUGCAAAUGAACACUGUAACACUAAAAACAAAAACAAAACCUGCCCCACUAUAAACAGGGAUCCCCAUCUACUAAGUUAGCAUCCAGUCCAGAGUAAACCCUUCAAGAAAGGAAAAAGAGAGGGGGAAACUGUCCAGAAAGUGAGAGACAGGAAGCCAGGGGAAUUAAACCUUGCUUGGUCUUGAGACAACACUGCAAGUAGUAAUGACAAGGGACCAAUCCAGACAGUAAUAUGGGAUUUCCCUGGGGAACAGCAGGUAGUUUGAGGAGGAAGCCAAAAAGGAGAACAACUAGAUGGAAAUAGGGGCAAACUGGGGCCCGUGGUGGUAGUGUCCGUGGGGAUGGGGUGAGCCAUCAGAAGACCCACAGAUGGGCAGAAGGGGGACAGAGCAAGGCAGGGCUGUGCGCUUUGUGGAACGACCGGAGGCUGGUGCCUGCCCAUGGCCGCUCCCUAGAACCUUAGGCCCUCGUGGGGACCUUUGCCCCACCCCACCCAGCCUUGACAGCCUGUCUCUGCCAGGACAAUUUGUGGUCUGCUCUGAGCUACCGGACCCUGCCAGGAGCUCCAGGCCCUGUUGGGUCCCGUCCCUUUGGAGUAGCAUCUUCAGACCAGGUAGGUCUGAGGCCCUGAGCCUCAACUCCCCAGAUUUUGGAAGUGGACAAAGGGACAGCUGAAAGAGAUGUUGCCGCACGUCCUAUCUGCUGAUAGGCGCCACGAUGCAUUUCUCCCAGCCUAGGAAGCACUGAACUCCAGUGGGCGAGGGAGCCAUGGAGGAGAGAGCUGCUCAGCAGGAACAGGAGAGCUCCAGUCUUCGUCUGGAAAAGCUACAGCGCUGGGCACGGCACAGGCAAAAUGGGCACCUCUUGGCGCUGGCGGUGAGCCAGCUGUGGCUGGCAGUGGCUGUGGUGCCACUUGCUGUCUCCGUGGCCUGCCUGAACUCUGCUUGUCACAUGGCCACCGCACUGCCACUCGGGCCUGGGGCACUGGGUCUCCUCACUGGGAUUGCUACCCUUGAGCUGCGCCGAGCACCUCGCCUCUGGAAGGUGCAGGCCAUGAUGAUACUCAACAUCUUCAGUCUGAUCUUGGGCUUCAUCGUGGUGGUGGUAGAGGUGAUGAAGACAGCCUUGGGGCCUGCCCCAGCUGCCCUGUCCCAGCUGGCGGGCUUGCUAGUGCUGGAGCUCAGUACUGAGGCCUUCACCCUAGGGGGAGUGCUGGUCUCCGCAUACUCGCUCUUCCUGCUGAAUCAGAGGAAGCCAGGAUGCUGCAGGAGCCAGAGUCUGCACUACCGGGAGCUGCAGGAGGAUCUCCCUGAGUUGGAGGAAGUUGCCGGUCCGGAGGACGGUCCCACCGUGGCUAGCACAACAAACGCAACAAGCGGGUGAGCUGGCCCGGAGGCCGGCGGUCGGGCUCGGCUGCCCCGCGGGAGCCCAGCGUCCUCCGACCCUCCUGCCCCGACUGCACACCGACUGCACUCCGCGGGGCCGGCUGGGGUCCCCUGGACCCGCCUGAAGUCCAGGCAGAGCCUUCAGGUUCCGUGCGCCUAGGCCCCGCUCUUGCCGUCCCCGCCAGGGAUGCCGCACCCGGGGCAGGGUCUCCGCAGGGUGUCCUCCGGCGUCCCCCCACUGCCCCGAAAGGCUCCCCGCCUGCAGGGCGUCCUUCACGCAGGCUGCACCUCCGUGCCCCCUUCCACCCCUGCCCGCCCCGCCCAUCGCCUCCCCUCGCAGCGUCGCGCCCGCCUCAUCCC